AUGGCCCUCCCCGACCCUCCGGGCUACAGCGGGCCCAGGUACACGGGCAGGGGCUCCAUCACGGACCAGUGGAUCAAGGACCUGAUGGAGAUGCAGAAGAGCGACAAGCGCCUGCCCAAGAAGGACGCCACGCUGAUGGUCCUGGACGUGAUCGACAUCCUGGGGAAGGAGCCCAACGUCGUCUCCCUGAGCAUCCCGAGCGGCGGCAGCGUGUCCGUCGUCGGGGACACGCACGGCCAGUACUGGGACCUGUUCACCACCCUCGGCAUCACCGGGCCACCGGGCCCCAGCAACCCCGUCGUCUUCAACGGGGACAUGGUGGACCGCGGCUCCUGGAGCAUCGAGGUCGUCUUGUCCAUCUUCGCCAUGAAGCUGAAGGACCCCCAGUUCGUGGGCAUCAACCGUGGCAACCACGAGAUGCUGGAGGCAAACAUGAUCUACGGCUUCUGCGGCGAGUGCGAGGCCAAGUACGGCACCGACCUCUUCGACCUCUUCUCCGAGGCCUUCCGCCGCCUGCCCCUCGGGCACCUGGUCGACAGCAAGGUCCUGAUCCUGCACGCGGGCGUCGGCGGGCCCGACCCGCGGAUCUGGAUGCCAGGACAGACCCACGAUCCCACCGACUCGAUCCCGCUGAACGCGAAUCUGCCGACCCUGGCCACAAUCCAGGCCGUGGACCGAAACAUGGAGGUCAGCCCCGACGCCUACCAGAACAGCAUCGGGCCGUCCAGCACCGACAAGGCCGUGAUCGACGAGAGGCUGUUGAUCGACAUACUCUGGAGCGACCCUCGUGGAGGCGGCGGCUACGGCCCGUCGUACCGCAAGUCCAAGGGGGUCUACAUGUACGGCCCAGACGUGUCGGCGGCGUUCUGCGAGGCCAACAACCUGCAGUGCAUCAUCCGCUCCCACGAGGUCAAGGCGGACGGAUUCCGGUGGGACCACCCGAAGGUGGUCACCGUCUUCAGCGCGCCCAACUACCUCGACACGGGCAACAACAAGGCGGCGGUGCUCAAGCUGACCCAGACGGGCCCCGGCAGCGAGAUCGUGAUCACCCCCAGCGUUUACGAAGCCGCGAAGCACCCAGACCUGCCACCCAUGCACUGGCAGUCCAUCAUCACAGAGAAGUACCCGCACCUGACCAGGAAGAUGAAGAAGAAGGAAACCGCGUCGGACUUCGACGACUUUGGCGACUCCGACUUCGCCGGCAUCAUGAACUUCGACGAGUGGGAGCCAGACGAGGCCGAGGCCUUCCAGGACGCCUUCAAGCUCGACGGAUACGGCCGCGAGCUGAAGCCUGGUGAAAAACGAGUUUGA